AUGGGCGAUAAAUUAGAAAGUCAUUUUCUAAUUAGUCGUCCCUCAAAUAAUGUCAUCACUCACAUCGAUCGUGAAAAUCGGCAUAGAUGUUAUUGGGCAGGCUGUAGUAGGACAUUCAAGAUGAAAGCAAAGUUUGAUUCGCAUUAUCGCCGGCAUACCGGCGAACGACCGUUUGAAUGUGAGUUUGAUGGUUGUAUAAAGAGUUACGUUAACGCAUCUGAAUUAAAUAAACAUAAGAAAACUCAUUACAAAAAUCUUGAUGAUGAUAAUAGUAAAUCUACGGCUUACGAGUGCACUACGUGCAAAGUUAGUUUGGAAAAUAACGAAAAUAUGAAAGAACAUUAUACACAAUUCUUUAAAAGCGAAGACAAACUUAAGGAGCACGUGGCACUCCACCACAAUGGUGAAUCGUUCAAAUGUGACUUUUGUAGGAAAUCAUUUAAUCGUUUAAAGUUUAGAUGUCCAACUUGUGGAAAAAUUUUCAAGUGGAAUUCUCAGUUUAAGCGGCAUAUAGUUAUUCAUGGUAAAAAAAAUCAUGCGUGCCCGAUAAGUGGUUGUUAUGAUAAAUUUCACCUGGAGUAUCAGCUUGAAAAACAUCUUGAUAGGGUACAUCAAAAAAUGUCGUUCACAUGUCAUGAGUGUGGGAGUGUGUACGGUUAUAAAAGCUCACUAAAAACACACAUUGUGAAAAAUCAUUUAUUAAAAAAUUUAAAAGACAAGAAAAAAAAAACAAAAUGA